UAAAAGAAAUUUGGAGGACAUCUUCUUUGACAAAGUUCAGACAACACAAAAACAAAAGAAAUGAUUAAAGUGAAUCUGUUAUUCUUAAUACGGUGAGCUAUGAAAAUUUUAUUUUCAUGGCUCCACUCUACCCUUUUCUGUUCUAUAAAUACCUCUUUCUUCCCCAUCACCCACCACAUAUACCUCCCUUUCUCUCUCUCUCAUUGAGCACAAAAAUGGAAGCAGGUCCACCAUUGACAGCCAAGAAAGCGUGCAACAUGCUACGUUUAAUCUUCUUGAUGAUGCAGAAGGGUAUGUUAAAGAGCAAGCUCAUGCUUGAUCUCCAUUUCUUGAUGAAACGAGGCAAGAUCCUAAGGAAAGCCUUGAACGACAUCAUGGUCCAACAACACAACACUCUGAGUUGCAUUUCACAUGAUGUUCACAUGUCAUUCAUAUCUCCUAGAGAGUAUGAGUUCAGCUGCAGCGGCAGCCCUGCUUAUAAAUUCUACAGCUACAAGCAGCCUUAUUACCAAGCCAAGAGGCGGAAACUCCACGCUCACUACAAACACACGCGGAUCCACGCGCCAUCACUUGGCGGUGAUGAUAUGGCGUCGGGUAGCUGCGGCGGUGAUGUGGCAGUUGAGGCAUCGCCUUUGGUGGGCUCAGCUGGGUGGUUCGGGACGUGGAGCCCGAUGGUUAGACAAGUGAGAAUAACCGACUCGCCAUUCACGAUGAGGGAUGCUGACGAGGAUUGCCAGGUGGACAAGGAGGCUGAGGAGUUUAUAGAGAUGUUUUACAAGGAAUUAAGGUUGCAGAAGGGGAUGGCUGCUCGGUAAGCGGCAGUUCAGUAAACGUGGCACGUGUGGGGCCACCUGUAAGAGAAGUCCAGUUUCUGGCUUGUUUCAGGUGAUAGGGCGGUCAAUGCAUGAAUUUUUAGUUUCUGUAAUUUGCUUAUUGUACAUUUGGGAUGAGCUUUCGCCCUUUUUUUCUUUUCUUUUUUUCCUUGUAGUUUGUUCGUGCUCCGCUCACCGUACGUGUCACCUCUAUAUAUAUGUAUGUAUAUUCUCCAAGCAGAAAAUUAAGAAG